CCUAAUAAAAUAAUGACAUUGGAUAACCAUAUGGCCAUGAGUGCGGUCGUGCAUCGUAUGCUAUUAUGGGGAACAAUAUAUUUAUUCUUACGCUUAUUUUAGUUCUUUAUAUAAAUCAUGAAAGCGAUUUAGCAAUUAUUGUACGUAGAUUCGUACAUCAAACGGACUUAUCGGAGCUUUGCAAGAGACGUGUGAUGCCGUCCAUAUUCUUGGGUAAUCAGGUAAUGGAGUCUAGCUCGCACGUUAUGCACUUUUCACUUAAAGAAGUUCCUUAUAGCUGUUUCUUGAGCGUCAGAGCUGAAUCCGGUUACAAUAUCAUUUUGGUAAUUGAACUGCUGUCGGAGAAUAGUUUAGCGGAAGAAUGUGCUAAUAAUCGAGAUCAGUUUAUCGUUUAUGAGUUGGGCGAAACAUUUGGGGGCUACUGGGGUUCACACUCGGACGCGAUGAUGAAGCCGCUAACCAGAAAUUAUACAAAAUAUUAUACAUUAAAAACAACACCCAGUAAAAAUACUAAAAGGUCACAUAAAUAUGAAGAUGUUACUCAAAAGAUUCUGAAGCAAACGUUCCCAGAACCCACGGACAAAGAGCCAGACUAUAUAAGAAUGGAAGUGCCGUUAGUGAAUGUGUCAGGAAAUCUUCAAUUAGGUGGACCGCUGCGUCAUACGUACAAUGCUGAGGAAAUAUUCAACUUUAUAUACGACGUCACUCCUAGGUUAUUUAUAUAUUAAUAAUUGUACUUAAAGGUUAAUUAUAAGGCUGCCGAUGUCGAUGACUUUGCUUCCAAUCCCGGGUCGGGAUGAUAAAAAAGUUUAUUGGGUUUAGUGGUAAAUCUGAUAAUGUCGGAAUUUUGUCUUAUUGCACUAUGUACCUUUUAUC